AUGGAUGACGAUGAUGAUGAUGAUGGAGGAGGUAGAGAAGAGAAAGCAAAGUCAAAGAAGAUGAAGAAGACAAAGAGAAGUAGAUCUAGACUAGACCUACAGAAGACAGAUGCUACAUGUCUUCAUUCCAGCAAAGCUGGGGAGCAGUGUGAAGCUAUUGUUCGGUUUCCCAGACUGUUUGAGAAGUAUCCCUUCCCCAUCCUAAUCAACUCGGCAUUUCUCAAGCUAGCUGACGUCUUCAGAGAUGGAAAUAACUUCUUGCGUCAGUGUGUCUUGAAGGUCUCUCAGCAGAGCGUGAAGCAUCUUGAUAAGAUUCUCAAUGUGGAUGAGUUUGUGAGGAGGAUAUUCUUUGUCAUCCACAGCAAUGAUCCUGUGGCAAGGGCCAUUACUCUCAGGGUUCUUGGUAGCAUAGCUCCAAUCAUUGCAGAACGUAAACGGGUCCAUCAUAGCAUCCAUGCUGGUCUGGAUUCUCAUGAUCUUGUUGAGCUGGAGGCAGCCAUCUUUGCUGCCUCUUGCUUUGCAGCAGAGUCUAAGACAUUUGCUUCCGGUAUCAGCAACAAACUGGUCCAGUUAAUAGAAGGUUUAGCUACACCUAUUGACAUCAAGAUGAAGCUCAUCCCUAUCUUCUGUCACAUGCACUAUGACAGUGAGCUGUCUGGUAGCGUGCGUCACAUGUGUCUGCGACUCCUGGAGUCCUAUCCUGCAGAGAGUUUCUUGACCGUCACCCUGGACACCCUGACAGACCUUGCUGCUGCUUCACAUAUACACAUCCCUGAUCAGGUUGAUCUGUUGUUAGGUUACCUUGAAAACGACAUCCGACGUUCCAUCAAGUCCAUCUGCAUCGCCAAGCUCCAGACCCUGGCCCACAAGGCACCCCAUGCUUGGUCCCAGGCCAAUGUUGACUCCCUGUGUCUGUUCUGCAAUGCUGACCAGGAGAAGAGGCUGGUUGUUGGUUGCCUAGAUAUCCUCAGGGUACUGUCCUCAUCGCCGGCGUUCCUGACAUCUGAUACAGAUGGCUCGGUCCGAGAACUGUGCAAGAAUCUCUUGACACACUGGGAAGUAUGCGUAACCUCCAGGGCCCUUCAGGUUCUUAUCAGGCUCAUGUGUCGACAGGGAGGACUCGUUGACGAAAAGGUGAAGGAUGGUAUCGAGGAUGUCAGUGUUGCCAUGGAGACAGUUGCCACUCAGUGCCUCAUGGAGGAAGGCUCAAAAUCUGCUGGGAAGAGUCUAAAGAUCACAUUAGAAAGCAUACACAGUCUGUGUAAGGCAUGUCCGUCACAAACAUCCAACUUCAUUGAGAUGUUAGCCACAAACUUGUCAUUAGCACCAGAUGUUGAGAGUAGUAUCUUGAUGUGUCACUGCCUGGCUAGCCUGUCUGAGAUCAAGCCCAAGUUCCUGGUCCAGAACAGGGAUAUCCUCCAAGACCAGUUCAGUCUGGUCCUACAGAAGGAAGAGAGUGGAUCAGAUGGAGACCAGAGAGUUUACCUAGUUGCACUUGCAGUGCUGUUGCUGAUUGAAGAGAAGACUUCGAAGCAGACUUUUAUUGAGGACAAAGCUGUGUUCUUAGCUGAAUGUAGACCUUGGGUUGCUUACCGAAUUGCUAGGCAAGCUACAAGAGUGGGUUGUCACAAGACUGCAAGUAAAAUCUUCAAGAAUCUAACUACACAGGUUGCCUCUGAGCAUUUCUAUUACUGGCUUGGCUCUUUGGAGGUCCUGAGUCAAGCAGAAGCCUACCUUAUGGAACUCAAGACUGAGAUUGAUCCAAGCAAUGCUGCUAAACUCUCCAGAGCUCUGCAGGAAUAUGAGAGUGGACUCGCUGCUUUAAAGGCUGGAGCUACACCUAACCAUCCCCUCAAGUUCCAGACAGAGUUUGCCCGUCUGAGAGCUGACUGGCUUCACACGUGUCUUGUCCUAAUGACAAACCUAGCCAGCAUCAGGACCUGCCCUCCACCUGCCAUAGCACCAGCUGUUGCCAUGACGACUGGACAAGAUCUUCUGCGCUGUGGUCACAUGGCUACUCAGAUGCAGAAGUCGUCCCAGAGACUGCAAUCUUUGGCUGAUAGCUAUGCUGAUCUAUACCUAUCAUCAUUUGAUGCUGACAUGGUCACUCUGAGUAGCAUCAAGAUUCUUCAGAGGCAUUGUCUUCUCCUAGUGUAUCUGAUUGAUGCCCUUAUACUCAACAGUUCAUCAUACAGUGGAAAGCACAUGAUCCAGCAGGAUCUGUUAGGGUCAAGCAAUGCUGGUGACCAUGGCAAUGACCUGAUGGCUGAAAGCAGUAGAGUGACCAAUCAGAUCCUUGCUGACCUUCAGACUGUGCUGGAAGAGACUGAAGGCAAUUCAGUAUCACAUCAGCAUACUGAGUGUAUACAAAGAGCAUCUCUAGCUCUUCUCAAGAUGUCCUUUGGGUUUCCUAGAUACUUCUACCAGGCUCUUCAAUCCACCAGUAUCAAGCUGAAUCUAUCUCCAUCACCCAGAGCUUCGGGUGAACCUGUAUCCAUAGCAACCAACACUCAUCUUGCUCUCAAAGUAGAAGGUGUCAUUCAGCAUGGCUCUCAACCAGGACUGUUUCGAAAAGUAGACCAAAUUGUCAUCAAUGUGAACACCACUUCUUCAUCCAACAACAAAACUGAGGAAAAACAACAAGAGACUGGACCAAAGGAAAUUGAAUGCCGCAUCACCCCGCACAAUGACUACUUCAGCCGUCAAGUCCUCCUGUUGUUCCCAACGGUCGGUCUUCAUUCCAUCAACGUUGAGACCAGUAUAGCCGAUGAAGAUGGUCAGCUCUGGAGGACGGGGCCUAAGACCAGUCUAGCGGUCAAGGCUUAUGUUGAUGGUGUGAUACAGCCUCAGCCCCAGCAGCAGUCAUCAUCACAGCAGGCAGGACACAGUCGUAUGCUGGCUGGACGAUCCACCCGCCUACCGAGUACCUCCAUGGGUGGUGGGAGUAGUAAGAUGAAAGACUUUGGUGAAGACAUCCUGUAGGAGUCACUGAUGUGUACAUUUUACAACUCAUGUGUUUGAAGGAAAGGAUUCUUUUUUCCAAAGCAAUUCAUUUCAUGGAAUGAUGGUCCUUAGCUGGAAGAAAGACAAGAUAAAGUUGGAAAACUAUGCAACCAUUGCCACAUGCUAUGACAGAAGUACAUUUUAGUAAUAUGGACAUCUUGAAAUUGCCAACAAUAUUUCAUUAGCUGCAGAUCUUCAUUUUGGAUUACUAUUUUUUCUUGGCUCAAUAACACAAACGAGUGAAGAGGUUUCAUGGCACAACAUGUAUUCUUUUGUGGGCAUGUGCAUGAUCAUUUGCUGAGUUUGGAAGCGAGGAGCAAGCGUGUACUUGCUACUAACAUACACCUCUUGUAAUUGUAGUAGCAAGAUGUUCAGUGCGAGUAGGACAUCUUGAAGCAAUGCCCAAGUUGACUCGGAGUCAACAGCCAAUCUGAACAAAAAUUUGUCUAGAUUUGCAUUUCUUUGGACUAAAUAAGCACUUAUCCUAUUCUGUAUAUUUUGAAUGAUAGCUUGAAGCAAGAAUUAAGUUGGCUAGAAUGAAAUGCCAACAUUCUUCAUUGUAAUAAAAUGAUGAGAAUGAAAAUCUCAGCCAAUAGUGUGUGCCUGAAAGAGUCUUUGAAUUGGAUUAUUAUAUUGCUGUAUUUGCCCUUGCAUGACUAUAAGAAACAAACUGGUGCACAUGUAUACAGGUAAAUAUAUCAUUUAUUCAUAAUUUCUUUUUUACAAAAAAUGAAAUAUACAUAAAUUUACAUCCAUUUUAAUGUAUUUUUUAAGGACAAGUCCACCUUAACAAAAAGAGAAAAAUCCAACAAGCAUAACACUGAAAAUUUCAUCAAUCAAUGUGGAAUUAGCAUUGUUAUGGUUCAGUCAAGUUGGUCCUUAUUGACAAAUCUAUAAAUGAAAAUCAUUUUUUAUAAAUUUGACAAUAAGGACCAACUUGACUGAACCAUAUAGUAUUAAACAAUGCUAAUUCCACAUGUUCAAGGAGGGAUUAAUCGUUGUAUCACUUGACAAUGAGAAAAUUAGAAUAUUUAUAAUAAAAUACAAAAGAAAUAGUGAGUGGAUGACAUCAUAGUCUCCUCAUUUGCAUACCAGCCAGGAUGUGCAUAUAACUGUUUUGUGAAAUUAAGCGAAACUUUAAAAUGUCAUAACUUUCUUAUUUUACAUCCGAUUUUGAUGAAAUUUUCAGCACUAUGCUAGUUUGAUUUUUCUUUAUUUAUUCAAGUCAGCAUUUUCCUGGGGUGGACUUGACCUUUAACAUCUAGAUCUCUAUACAUACCCUAUGCUCAAAAUUCAAUAUUUAGAGUUGUAUAAGAUUUUACAUCCCUCAAAGGUUAUGACUAGAAGUAUUUUUUAUCAGCUUCAUAAAAAAAAACUAGAAUCAUACGGCUAUGCUUGUGAUGUUAUAAUAGGCAGAUGUUAAAAGCAGGGAUUUGAAAUAAAAUACAAAUUCGAAACUCAAGUAUUCACAAUGAAAUGAAAAAUCAAUCUUGCUAAACAUACUACCCUCAUGUUCACUGCUGUAUGCAUUACUUGUAUACUGUAGGAAGAUGGAGCCAGUAAAAUUGUUUCAGUCAACAUAACGUAAAUGUUAGGCUUGAGAUGUUCAAAAUUUGCAAAAUUUUCAUAUUUUGCAUCUUUAAAUCCAUAUUCCCUAGAAAUUGUUUUGAUGAAGUUGAAAACUAUCAAGAAAAAGAAUAAUAUUCAUUUUCUCUUGACUCUAAAAUGUUUUAUGAUGUUACGCUAAUUUGUAAUUAUUGUAGUCCCACAUGUAGACCUUCAUGGUAUUGCAACAUUUCUCACUGAAAUCUUUGAAAGAGGUGAAUAUUCUUCAUUUUUUCAGUAAAUUUCCAAUUAAAUCAAAAUAAUUUCAAGGAAAUAUGAAAAUUAGAUUGCCAUUUCAUGAAUAUAAAGAUGUGAACUUUCAGCAAUUUUUUGGGAAGGUUUUUUUUUUCCCCUUGGCCUUGGGUCUAUAUGUGGUUGUCAAAAUAGGUAUAAACAUUUGCUUUGAACUGCAUUUUGACGCGGCCUUAGUAAACAUAAGCAUGAGUCUGAUAAAGAUCUUUAAAUGGAAAAUUCACCCUGACGAAAAGUUGCAAAAAUACCAGAAAAUCCAUUAAAGUCUUGUGCGGUCACCCCAAUGCAUGCAAUUGUCAAAAAGUGCUUUGCCUGAAAUCUAAAUAAAUAUAAGUACUGGAGCUGACAAGUUCUUAGCCAUAGUAAUCUCCUUGUAGUCCAGCUGAAUUAAACACC